CAACGGCACAGUUUUCACUAAAGUUUGCAACUUCACAUAUAUUCCGAUAAGCCUUAACGUUAGUGAACACUUCCACGUUAACUGUAGCCCUGAUAAGUACCAAACAAGUAUUUUGUCCCUGGUGUGCUUCCAUCUUUUAAAUACUUUCUUAUCGAUGCUGAGUGCCCGGAUUAUCAUGCCAUGGUUGGAAAAGAAACUGAAACCACCAUGUGAACGCUUGUGGGCCUGGAUACGUACCAGUCAUAUCUAUAUCUGGAUAUCGGGAAGAAUCACGGGGAUACGUCGCGGUAUCCGCCGCUGUUUUGGUCUGCAUGACCCUCCGCCAAUACAGGACGGCCACCAGGCCGAAGAACUGGAACAGCUAAAUUCCGGGACCGUCCAGAGUCCCGUCCAGACAGACAUUGUCUGUCAAGAAGAAACAGCCAAGCCAGCCAGAACGGCCCCGCGUUAAGUGUGUCCCACAGCUUUUAAUUGGGCGCGGUACACGUGAUUACGCCCUCGAAAUACUCUCUUUUUUUCAUUUAACAUAUCUGUAUAUUUAGCGCUCGAAUCAGUCUUACCAAAAUAGUCUUUAAAGCUUAAUCUACGUUCAGUCUUUAAUCUACGUAUAGUUCUGACAGCGAUCGAAAUGGCUGAGCAACAAAUCAACAAUAAUAAUUACGCUGCCUGAUCCAUAUCCAUAUACCAUGCAUACAUGCCGACGAAGCGACUGUUAAUGGAACGUCCGCUGAUUGUGACCUUAAGCAUUGCAGGAAAAGUUGAAUGCUCUCAGCCGCUUGACGAUAGAAGACACAAUCUCUGGCAGCAACACGAGUACACAAUUCAACCUGAAAGUACUGCGCCUCGCGAACACCUGGAUGUACAGGAUUAAGAGGCAAUGCACCGGCUUCCGCAGUAACACAUACACGCAUCCGCCUACACAACCCAGCCUUUCUCCGAGUUUUGUUGUCCCGUCUGCGUUGAUCGGAGUGUUCAUUUAAAGGGCAGGAUUAUUAACGGGUCUAUUCUGAGUAUUCUCCUUGGAUGGCAGCAGUGGCCGCGCUGGUAAGACUUCCUGUCAGACGCUCAGUGGAAUAAUACGCAGGCUGUGUCAAUGGCGGUGGCAACCAGAUGUGACCGCGCACAUUAACACCCACCACUGCCGCCGUUUGCAAUGGGGGAUCGCGUUUUGUGAGGAGGCGAUUACGAGCGGGAGUAGAUUGAAUUUUAUGAUUAUACCGAGUGAUGGACUGGAAAAUUAAGAUUUUACGCGUGUUGGUGGUAUUCGAUGACGGUUUCCGGCUGCUGUAUCGGAGCGCUGAAUAUACCAUUGGCAGUUCACCUGUUCAGCUGGCGUUUUGCCAUCUUCCACAUUGGCUUCUUCAGCCUGUCUCUCCUGCACACCAUCAUCGGCAUCACCGGUCUGUGCGCCGCCACACCCUCCCACUCCUAACCGGCGCCUGCUGCCCAUCCACUUCGUCGGCACAAUCAUCAGCGUGGCCUACUCCCUGGUUUUCUUCGCCGCGCUGGCCUUCGAAUACGACACCAUCUCCUUCCCGAAGUCCGGCGUGGCGCUGGCCCGCAAAUUAGCCAAUCUGUCCGCCACCGACGAAGCGUACGUCUACGCCAUGUACAGCGCCCUGCAAGCGGUCUGGCUGUUCUCCACCGCGUGUCUGUGCGGGAGCGGCGCGCUGGUGUUGUGUGUGUGGAAGGCGGCGGUGGAGCAGGAGAGCGGCACCCCGUUGUGUCUGCAGCAUUAUGCACUGCCGGGGACGCGCUAUUCCCGCGCCGGCCGCUCCGAUUCCUCGGUGAUGCUGUCGUCGUUCGGCGGGUCAAAGGUCACGCUGGAUAUGGUGGACGAGCCGGCGUCGCGUGGCGCCGUGGAGGAACUGAAGGAUCCGGCGAUGGAGGGGGUGGAGAUGAGUAGGUUUAUUGAAGUGUGAACCACUGGGAAUCGAGCGUGAAAUCUUUGUAAAUUUUAUCGUUGCACAAUUGUGACCUCAUUCACGAAAAACAGCGGUAGCGUACGCGUGUACCUGUGCAUGUGUACAUACAAUAUCUAUAAAGAAAAAAAGUUGCUUAUCUUUCCUACUGUUAUUUUACA